AUGUCUUCCUUUCUGCUCAGAAUCCCUUGCUCCUCUGCAAACAUUGGUCCUGGCUUCGAUGUGAUUGGUCUUGCAUUGUCCCUUCACUUGGACCUCCACGUCACUGUUGAGGCCAAAGACUCCUCCGAGCUCCCUUUCAACUGUGCCAUCACCUAUGAGGACCAGAGCAAGAGUGUCGAGCAGAUCAGCCUUGACCCCGAGGUCAACCUGAUCACCCGUGUAGCCCUGUAUGUUCUGCGAUGCCAUAACCAGCGGGCCUUCCCCGUUGAGACCAAGGUGCACAUCGUCAACCCCAUCCCAUUAGGUCGGGGCCUGGGUUCAUCUGGUACCGCUGUAGUUGCCGGUGUAAUGCUGGGUAACGAAGUGGGCAAGUUGCGUUUGAGCAAGGAACGCUUACUGGACUACUGUUUGAUGAUUGAGCGGCACCCGGAUAACGUAGCCGCUUCCCUCUUCGGUGGUUUCGUUGGAACUUAUCUGAAUGAUCUCAAGCCUGAGGAUGUAGCCCGGAAGGAGAUCCCGCUCAGUGAGGUAUUGCCUGCCCCGGCUGGUGGUGUCGACACUGGCAUCAGGCCCCCAGAACCCCCUAUGGCCAUUGGUCAUUACCGCAAGUUCAAUUGGGCCCCGGAGAUCAAGGCUAUUGCCAUUAUUCCUGAUUUUGUGGUGCCUACGGCCAAUGCCCGUAAUGUACUCCCAGAGACCUAUACACGGGCGGACGUGGUUUUCAACCUUCAACGCGCGGCCCUACUUCCCGCAGCCUUGGGAAGUUCCCCGCCGGAUCCUGAUAUGAUCUUCCUGGCCAUGCAAGAUAAAGUGCACCAGCCUUACCGCAAGACCCUGAUCCCAGGCCUGACUGAGAUUCUCCAAUUCAUGACCCCAUCCACUCAACCCGGUCUGUUGGGAAUCUGUCUCUCUGGUGCAGGACCAACUAUCCUGGCAUUGGCCACAGAUCGCUUCGAUGAGAUUGCUGACCGCAUCAUCGCUCGGUUCGCUUCCAACAACAUCUCGUGCCAAUGGAAAUUGCUGGAGCCCGCUCAAGACGGCGCUACUGUGAAGUAUAACUAA